CAGACGAGACAGAUAUAACGCUCAAAGGUCUUGAAGCUAUAAAAUCGUGUGAACGCGUGUAUCUUGAGGCUUACACUAGCGUUCUUUUGGUUUCUAAAGAGAAAUUGGAAACAUUUUAUAGACGAAAUUUGAUUUUGGCAGACCGAGAAUUAGUAGAAACACAAAGUGAUGAAAUUUUGGCGGGUGCUGAUACCGUAAACGUCGCAUUUUUGGUAGUCGGGGAUCCUUUCGGAGCAACAACACACACAGAUCUUGUACUUCGUGCUCGAGAAUUAAACAUCCCGGUGACCACAAUUCACAAUGCCUCAAUAAUGAACUCAGUCGGUGCAUGUGGAUUACAGCUAUACAAUUUCGGUCAGACAAUCUCGAUUCCUUUUUUCACGGAUUCAUGGCGUCCCGAUAGUUUUUAUAACCGAAUAAUGGAGAAUCGAGGGUUGGGUCUGCAUACACUUUGUUUAUUAGCAGAUAUCAAGGUCAAAGAGCAAAGUAUAGAAAAUCUGGCUAGAGGUCGUAGAGUGUAUGAACCCCCGAGGUAUAUGACGAUCAAUCAGGCAAUCGAACAAUUGCUAGAAAUCGAAAAAAAUCGAAAAGAGAAUGCGUAUACAGGAGACACAUUAGCAUUAGGGAUUGCACGUCUCGGCUCACCGACUCACCAACUAAUAAAGGCUGGACCCCUCGAGCGAUUACUCGCAGAGGAUUUCGGGCCGCCACUACAUUCACUGGUGAUUGUUGGUAGUCGGAUGCAUGUACUCGAGGCUGAUUAUAUGCGACAUUUUGCGGUAGUGGUGCAAGAGUUUGAUGAAAUUGUGAAACGUGAUUUUAUUAAGGGUUGA